UCAGUGUGUAACAUGGCGGAACUGUGGUUCUACAACUCCACGUCCUCGUGGAACCGGUCCAAGGCGGGUCAGGACCGCGUCGGCAGCCUGGAAGACCUCGACGUGCCCGCGGACGGGUCCCCGGGCCUGCGCAUCCUCAUCUCCGUGGUGUACUCCGUGGUGUGCGCCGCCGGGCUGGUGGGGAACCUGCUGGUGUUGUUCCUGAUGAGAGCGCGCCGCCGCGGCCGGAAGAAGCGCUCCAGCAUCAACCUGUUCAUCCUCAAUCUGGCCGUCACGGACUUCCAGUUCGUACUCACGCUGCCGUUCUGGGCCGUGGACACGGCCAUGGACUUCAGCUGGCCGUUUGGGAACGCCAUGUGCAAGAUCAUCCUCUCCGUGACCGUGAUGAACAUGUACGCCAGCGUGUUCUUCCUCACCGCCAUGAGCGUCACCCGGUACUGGUCGGUGGCCUCGGCGCUGAAGGACCGGACCCGGCGGCGCAUGUGCCCGGUGCGCUGGGUGAUCUUCGGGCUCUGGGUCUCCGCCACGGCGGCCUCUCUGCCCACCGCCGUGUUCUCCACGGUGAAGAGCGUGGCCGGGGAGAGGCUGUGCCUGCUCGGCUUCCCCGACGGCCAGUCGUGGCUGGCGCUGUACCACCUGCAGAAGAUCCUGGUGGCCUUCGUGGUCCCCAUGGUGACCGUCAGCGUGUGCUACCUGCUGCUGCUGCGCUUCGUCCGGCUGCGCAGCAUGAACGUGAACCACGUGAAGCGGAGGUCCCGCGUGACGCGCUCGGUCACCAUCGUGGUCCUCUCCUUCUUCAUCUGCUGGAUGCCUAACCACGCCAUCACCUUGUGGGGCGUGCUGGUGAAGUUCAACGUGGUCAACUGGGACAGGACGUACUACAUGGUGCACACGUACGUGCACCCGGUGACCGUGUGCCUGGCGCACACCAACAGCUGCCUGAACCCGGUGCUGUACUGCCUCAUGCGCCGCGAGUUCCGCCAGAAGAUGAAGGACCUGUUCUUGAGGAUGUCCUCGCCCGGCGGGGCGAACAGCUGCCCGCUGCGGCCGUUCUCCGGGUCCGUGCGCGCGGAGCCGGACGACACGCAGAUCGUCAUCCCGCUGAACACCGUGGAGACGGAGCACUGCAGACUGUCGGUCCUCACGGACCAGGGCGACACUUAGACCCGCUUCAUGGAGGCAGGAGAAUCCUCUAAACGACCCCCUCAGAGGGACUCUGGCGUGUCUCUUUACGCACACACGACGUUGUGUUGCUGAAGCCUUUCACCGACCGACGGGAUGGUGUCCCGGCUCGGGGUGGCCAGUGCGCAGUGAACGCAUCACAGCUAUACGUGGCGUAUUCAAUGUUAUUUUUGAUUUUGCAUCAAAUGGAUUGUAUAGAUUUUCGUGACAAAUUAAAGGUGUGAAACUCGUGCGUAAAGUGCGCAUCUGUGCGUAAAACCUCUCCGACGUCUCCGCACAGACUUCCUUUCUUUGCUAUGAAUGGCGCGCGGGCUCUGCGUCUCCCCCAGAGCUCUUUGUUCUCUACGGCUCUCUCCAUGUUCUGUACACUCACUGCGCCACAGGUAGGGUUCGGGUUCCACAUGGAGGACUCCACAUGGAAGGUUCUAGAGGGAGGGUUCCACAUGGAGGGUUCCACAGGGAGGGUUCUAGAGGGAGGGCUCCACAUGGAGGGUUCCAUAGGUAGGGUUCUAGAGGGAGGGUUCUAGAUGGAGGGUUCCGCUGCUGCCUCCCAGCUUCAAUAUGUGGGUCAGUAUUGAUGUUGUUGUGUAAAUGUGUAACUGAAUGUAUUAAAAACAAAAAGCCAACGAAACCUUAAAAACAUGUGUGGAGAAUAAAGUGUUGAGCUCGCGAUGUUUGGAGUCUGUUUAUAUGUUUACAUGGUGACCUGCAGCAGCGGUGGUGCGUUCAGGGGUUCGAUAUACUGGCAUGAAGUCUCGUGUUUGGCUGCAGUGUG